AGCACCUUCCCACAUCUCUAUUAUACUUGCCUAUGGUUGCUGUGUUUAUACCUAUCUUUAAUUAAAUUUGUUUGCUAUUUGUUUAUGCUCGAUUUGUGGCAUUUACUGUGGGCGGUGCCAAGUUUACAAAUCUUGCGUAGAAUUUACGAGGUACAUAUAAUGGAUAACGUUGGCCAUGCCAUGUACUUAUUUCGAGUUCCACAGCAUUAAGGUGUUGUUCAAGAACAUAGACGGCAGGUGCUGCCGUUCUGUAUUAGAUUGUAAACAUACUGGAAAGAGCACAGCAGCCUGCCAACAUAAGUAUUUGGACUUUGUGAGGUUACAGAAGAAAGGCAUGAGUGAUAAAGGGGUGACAAGACAUAAUGAAGACAUGAAAGAGACCUUAAAUUCUGUACCAGUGGAAUCCAGCAAUAAGAAAGGCAAAAAGCAAGAAAAAUAUAUGGAGUAUCCUGAGGAUUUUAACCAGCUUGAAUUGUUGGAGACCCAUGGCCAUCUUAUUCCUAAAGGAACCUGCAGUCUUUGGCCUGAAGAAUCUGAUGAUGACUGGGAGGAAACUGAGGAUGAAAUGACAGAAGAAGAACUUCUUCAGCAUGAAAAAACUUUAGAGAGCAGCCCAGAACAAUUAAUUCUCUGGGCUGCAGAGAAAAACAGACUUUCCACUGUUAAACGACUUUUAUCUGAAAAUCAUUCCCUUAUUAAUAGCCGGGAUGGGGACAACUAUACUCCACUUCAUCGAGCUGCCUAUAAUGGACACUUGGAGAUUGUGAGAGAGUUAGUAGGGCAUGGAGCAGAUGUUCAUGCAGUUACUGUGGAUGGAUGGACACCUCUUCACAGUGCAUGCAAAUGGAAUAAUGCAAAAGUUGCUUCAUUUUUACUUCAGCAUGGUGCAGAUAUAAAUGCACAGACAGAAGGUUUAUUGACACCACUGCACCUUGCUUCAGUCAACAGAGAUGGACCUGAAGUCCUUGAACUUUUGUUAAUGAAUCGUUAUCUUAAGCCAGAGUUAAAAAAUAGCUUGAAUGAGACUGCAUUAGAUAUUGCAAAGAGAAGUAAUAUACAUCAUUAUCUGUUUGAAAUUGUAGAACCUAGUACAAAUUCCGUACCUGAAUAAAUCCCAUUAUUUCCCAA